CCACCCCCCCCGCCACGCCGCGGGGAGAGAGAGGGGCUGGCUCCCCUCCCGUGCUGUACAAGCGCACUGUGUGAGAGAGGCAGCCGGCCAGCCAGGUAGUGUCUGGUGGAGGCUGGGAGGAUCGCAGAGCCUCAGAGAGAGAGAGGGAGAGAGAGAGAGAUUGAGGAGGACGGGACGCUGGAAGGCGAGGAGGAGAGAAAAGAAACCCACAACAUAAACAGAGGGACAGAUUCCAGCAGCUGACAGGGCUGUGGUGCCCCCCCCCCUCCUCCUCCAGGCCUGGGGAGUAACAGAUUAACCUGGACGGGUGACUCGUGCUUUAAACCCGGCUGCCAGCGGAGGAGCCGUCACAGAGCAGCAGAGCGCGGCGCGCAGAGCACAGGCUGUCAGCCAGACGCAGAGCAGGUCCGUGUGCGCCCGGGGUUCGAGGACUGCCCUGCUGCCAACCUCCAGGCACCGGACAGGCGGCCUGUCUCAGGCCAACUUUUUAUAGCCUUUUCUCAGAAGUUUUUUUCCAGCCAGAAUCAUUGCACCACGUACUUUUUUUUCCCCUAGGAUUUUUCAGGAGAGCAGAUGAGCAGAGUUUAGUCACUGCUGUAUUUUUUCAACAGAGCCCGGACGCCGCCAGUUCGCUACAGAGCUGAGGACACACUGGUUCAGCAUUAAAUGAAGGAGUCUCGGAGGCUUCAGAGGGGCUUUUCCUAGACGACCCAGCGGUGUUAUCUCCCCGUCCCCAGGCUCUUCGGCCAGCAGUGGCAGACUCUCUGGGCUCUGGACAAGCACUGGACUCUCAGCAGUGUCCGACAGCCAGAGGGAGGCUGUGUUCCUGCCCGCCGGUGGGAGGCGCUGAGCUCCAGGAGAGCAUGGACGGCAGCGAGCUGGCCGGGCUGGACGGCGCCGAGGCGCAGGCCGUGUGCGAGGCGCUGGGCCGCUACGAGACCACCCUGCAGGACGCGGUGCGGGAGAUCCACGUGGACAUCAGCGUGUUCAAGCAGGGCGUGGAGCGGCGGGUGGAGGAGGCGCUGGGCCUGGUCAGCCCGCUCGGCCGGGCGGUGGCCGAGCUGCAGCGCGAGAACCGCCAGCUCCGCGGCCAGCUGGAGGCGCUCACAGUCGCAGAGGUGUUUUCAAGAAAUGGCACCGGGGAGCCAGACCUGUGCACAGCGCAGAGCAUGGAGCAGCAGUCCUCACUGUGGCAGGGAGGGGAUUUUAUUAAGGCGAAGAGCAUCGACCGAGAGGAGCUCAUUGAUGUGGACGCAGCUGCAGCCAUUGGCAGCAACGUGGUGGAGAAUGGGCACCAGUCUGGCCCAGACAGCCCCUCUGUGCCGCAGGAAGUGAAGUCACCCCCUGAGCCCGCCCCUAGCUACGCAGCGCAAGAGCACACUGCCCCUGUGGCCUUGCGCAUGCCACACCUCCCUAUCACCGCGACAACCAAAACAGCAGAUUCCUCUGUUGCCACAGUGACCAAAACUUUAGAGUCACCCACCACCCCGGUCAGAGAGAGAGCUCCGCCUCCUGCUGGCCCACAGCCUGAACCUGUCAGCCAAUCGGCAUCCAGCAGCAGCCAGUCCGUACCUGUGGCUGAAUCUGCUCAGCAGUCAGGCGUCUCCUGUCCAGUGAAGACGUGGAGCCCCAGCCCACUGAGGACAAUGGGCUCCCCACGUGCCUCAGACAAACCCGUCCCCCUGACAGCCAAGCAAUCGCCAGCGGUCAGCAACGCUCCCAGCUCUGACAGGAGUGUGGAUGGCUUCCCAGAAUCCUCCCCGCUGCCCAGGGUGGGGGACCGGCGCCGGGAGCUGGUGAGGUCACAGACGCUGCCGCGCACGAUGGGCGCUCAGACUCGCCGCGCUCCGUUUGAGAGGCUGGACUCCGACCCCAGCAGACCCAAAGUUGGGGACUCAAAGCCAAAGCUGAAACGCUCGCAGAGUUUCGGGGUCUCUAGCGCCAGCAGUAUCAAACAGAUCCUGCUGGAGUGGUGUCGCUCCAAAACCAUUGGCUACCAGAACAUCGAUAUCCAGAACUUCUCGUCCAGCUGGAGUGACGGCAUGGCCUUCUGUGCGCUGGUGCACUCCUUCUUCCCCGAGGAGUUCGACUACAAUGCCCUGAGCCCUGCCAACCGCAAGCAGAACUUCGAGCUGGCCUUCAGCAAGGCGGAAGAGAGAGCCGCCUGUGACCGGCUGAUCGAGGUGGAGGACAUGCUGGUGAUGGGCCGCAAGCCAGACCCCAUGUGUGUGUUCACCUACGUGCAGUCGCUCUAUAACCACCUGCGCAGGUUCGAGUGAGGCCCAGGACACCCUGCUGCCCCCCAAAACCACACACUCUGUCUGCACCACUGCCAGCGCUGGGGCGACAACUCCAUCCUCACACAGCAAACAACCCCCCCCCCCCAAACUGGACAACCUGCCCAGUGACACCCCUCCCUCGUCCUGGCCACCCUCCCACACUCCCUGGGAACUGUGAGUACCGGCUGCCGCAGACACGGACACUCGGUCAGAGUGACCAGCCUCCUCAUCACUCUCUGCGCGUAUCCAGCUCUGGGACAGAAGAGCCCGACUCGGCCCCACCAGCAGAGGGCGCUGAUGCUCCCUCCAGCCAAGGACAGGAGCCCAGACGGAGCAGAGAUCCAACUCGCAGGCGCCCCUCUGUGACUGUUCAGGGGGUCACUACUCCAUUUCAAAGGCUUGUUUUGUUUGCUUGCUCUUUUUUCCUGUAACUGUACACUUUGUGUGUUCUAGAGAGUUUUGUGGCACUUGAUUGAUGGGGGCAGAUCGUUUGGCCUUCAGCACUCGGUCCGCAGUGACAGGAGGGUUUUAAACAGGAUGGAAAGACGGAGCAGGAGACACCUCGGUCGGGGAACGGUGCCAAACAGGCUGGAGCUCAGCCCGGUAGCCAGCGAGGGCAUGGAAGAUGGCCAGAGACGCUCCUGUGAAGAAGGAGGCUUCCUGACGUCGCUGUGACGGUGCUAUGAAGCUCUACACUUAGUUCUGAUGUGAUGCAAACUAAAGAUUUCUAUAAACACAAGUCCACAGUGGAACCCGCUAGGACUGCACAAUGUUGAUAUUGCAAUAAAGGUUUUUUUUUUGCAUGAGCUACACAGGA